CUGGCAAGGGGUUGAAGAUCGCGCCCAUGAACUUGAGGCUACGAUCUGAAUGGCAAGUUCGCGGGCGAGAGGCAGAAGAUCGUGGCAUGGAUCUUUGAGGUAGAGGUUGAAAUCUUUGAGAGUCACCAUUUUAGCCUUGCUAAAUGUGGAGUUCGCGCCCUAACAUCCCGGUCACGAUCUGGGGGUCCCACGACUGCGAUCCUUAUCGCGGACAAGGAAGUCGUGGACCGUGAUUCGACUGGGGAAACUUUCUACUUCUCCCGAGUUGGCCUAUUUUGAAGUUCACACCCUUGUCUCCAAAGUUCAUGGCCGUGAACUUGAGGCUGCGAUCUUUAGGUCAAGUUCACGGGCUAGAGGCAGAAGAUCGCGGCUGGGAUCUUUGCACUGCAGGCUGAGAUCUUGUGAUCUGGUUCAUGCACUCUCUUCAUGGCUGAGUCUAAGAUCUUGACUCUGAAGGCUGGGAUCUUGGCUCCUUCGCCCAUGAUCUUCGUUUUUGCACCAUUUUUCUACACUUGUGCACCUUUUUCGUACCUAAUUCACAUGUAUCGUCUAAAGCACCCUAAAAUAAUGACAUAAUCAAAUAGGAACGAAAUAGGGAUAUAGUAGACGAUAUUCUUCCGAUUAUGCACACAAAUUAGCACGAAACAAACCUAAAGAUUAAGGAUAAAUAGCACCAAUUUAGGUGUUAUUAGUAAAUAAGGUUGCAUCUGAUAAGUCUCUAGCUUUUCAUUCCCAAGGCAAAAAAUUGGUUUCACUCAUUUUUGCUCCACGGGCGAUCUCCACAUCUUCACUAAGGGAUCUAUGUAGACAUUUAGUAUAGUGCAAUCAUUGUUAAAUGAGUUCUAUCUACUCUUGGGUCUUAAAUGCUACCUAGGAACAUUUGAGGUGUAUUUUGGAGGAUGCUCAGUUCAAUAUAAAGAAUUCACUUCAGAUUUUUUGUUUUCGGGAGGCGCACUUUCCCAAUGUGCUAUUUGGGUCUGCCUUUACUUUUAGGAAAGCUAUACUGAGCUGAUUGUGUCAAAUUAGUGACAAAAAUAACACAAAAUUGACACCCGAAGAGCCAAGUAGUUGAGCUAUGCAGGCAGGCUUGAACUAAUCACUUGUGUGCUUAUGGAAAUGCUGCAGUUCUGGAUGUAGGUUUUUCUAUUGCCAAAGAAAGUCCUCAUGUAUGUUCUAAAUUUUUCUGGUGUGGGGCUAAGACUGGUUGUGACACAUUGGCUCGACCCAAACUGGAAGGAGAGCUAGGACUUAAAGACUUAUUAGCAUGGAACAAAGCAUGCACUGUUAGAAUGAUUUGGUUGAUGAUGAUGAGAAGUGGUGCCGUUUGGGUGGCCUGAAUGUGGUGUUAUAAGGUGAAACAAGAUACCAUAUGGACUAUGAGUAUUAGUCCUAGCAGUUUUUGGGCGUGGGUAAGGCUGCUCUUGCUUGGUGGUAUUGUCACUAGAGACAAGCAAUUGAAAUGGGCAAAAAUUACUGAUGUUACUUGCUUGCUUUGCCAUUCUCAGGAUGAAACCGGAGAACAUUUGUUCUUCCGGUGUGGUUGUUUAUUGCAGGUGGUGGAUAGUUGGAGUGCUGCGAGGCAGUUCUGCAAACAGACAUGGUAGGAUGCAAUACAUGUUGCAGUUGAGUUCCGUAGAAGCAAGGCAGCUGCUGGGAGGAUUGCAGGGCUUUUUUGGUGUGCUUACAUUGCAUGUGUGGAGAGAAAGAGGUGCAUCAGACGACAUAAUGGAAUUCCUUGGGAUGUUGCUGCAAUUAGGAAGGUUGAUUUUGUUUGAUCUAAUGCACUUAAAUAGUGCAGAUGAUAGUGUGCACCAUGAUCUUCAUGUGUUGGGGCUUAUUCCUUGAUAGGCAAUCUGUUAGUUAGUUAGUUGAGGUUAGUAAUGCAUAGUGGGUGCUUUUGGUUCUUUGUUUUACAUGGCUGCUCACACCGAACUUUUCUUUCGUUGUAUUAUUUCUUAGAUGUAUUUUGCAUAUGGUUUUACGAAAUAAAAGUAACUGAUUCAGCGAGAGAGAAAUUAAUAUUACACAAACCAUUCUAACUCGUCGAUGUGUUAUUUAAAUGAAAACAAUAUAAUUAGGUGUAAGGUAGACGAAUUAUGGAUGGUCAUUGCUGAAUGGAGGAGCUAAUGUGGUCUGAACGGUAAUGUAAUUUAUAACCGAAAGGCUAAAAUACAAAUAAGAAACAGAAGUAGGAAAGAUAAACGAGGAGUGAAAUAAAUGUGUUCUCAACAUUUAAUCGACUGUCGUCAGGAUCAGGAAUCUUUCAAACUCGCAAUAUUGCUGAUAUUCCUCACAGUGUCACAGUUCAACUCCCCAAUUCACUCUCCCACACCCGAAACAAAGAGAAGGAAGAAAAAAGGAAAGCAGAAAGCCAAGAAGAACCAAGUUCCCUUCGGAAGUUCCUCUGCCUUUCUUUCCCCUUCCCUUUUCACCAUCGAAUGUUAGAUUCUCUGCCACCGCCACCACUAGCUCAGGCAGAAAAAAAGAAGCAGCCAACCCACAUUUCAAUUUAUUCCUUUCAAUCCUCAAACCACCAAAAAAAAAUGAAACGAAUCGACAUCUUCUGCGCCUCCCAAGCCUCCACCGCCAUUUGCAUGAGCAUGGACCAACCCUCCUCUUCUUCCUCCUCCGCCCAGCUCGGCGGCCGGGCCAUCGACCGCCACAAUCCGAUCAUCAGAGAUCUCAGAAGAGCCCCUCGCGUCCUUCCCAACCCGCCGUGUACUGCUUCCCACCCGCCUCCCAUCUCCCCACAGCCUUACAAUUUACUCGACAAGACCAAAAAGCUCAAGAAGGCCAAAAACAAGAGUUCUUCUUCCACCGCAGCUUCAAAUCAUCAGCAGAAGCAGAGUGAUGAUCUUCACAUCGCUCAGAAGGGCAAGAAAACUUCUUUUUCUUCUUUUAUUGCUCCUUCCUCCUCCUCCACUAGUCUCACGGUAGCCAGAAAUGUGGUUUCCAAGAGCUGGCCUGUGGAUUUGGUGACCCCACCCGGUUCUUCAAGAUAUCUGUUGAGCGACUCUGUUUUCUUCGAUGGAUUCUCCGAUUUCGACCCGGUUCCCGAACCCGAAACUUCCGAGCCCGAGAUAAAGGUACCAGCUUUGGAACUAGAGCGGGGAGGCGAUGACAACCCAGUUCCUGUUUCGCCCCCUAAACCUCCUCCGCCUAUGGAAAAGCCAUCAAACCAGGUGGUUGUGCUGAGAGUGUCGCUUCACUGCAAAGGGUGUGCUGGGAAAGUGAGGAAACAUAUCUCCAAAAUGGAAGGGGUGACAUCGUUCAACAUAGAUUUUGCAGCGAAGAAAGUGACGAUUGUGGGAGAUGUAACUCCAUCGUCUGUCCUGGAAAGCGUCUCCAAGGUCAAGAACGCCCAAUUCUGGACGGCUCCAACUCUAGCUUCCCCUGCCAACGUGGAGCUGCUGAAGAAAUAAUGAUACCGAUAGUAAGAAGUAAGAACAAGAUUUGAUUUGAGAAUCAAUGAUGUUGCUGUUUCUGAUUACUGUGAAUUAACGAAUAGAGAAGUCUUUUCCCCAUUUUUUUCCCUCCUCCCUUGUUAGCGUGGUUGUGUUGUUGUGGCAUUUUGUACUAGUAUAAUCUGGGCUGAGAACUGACAACUGAGAGACAUGUUGGUUCUGUAUGGUAAAAAGACAAAAUCUAAUGCCGUUGUUGUUAUAAUAAUGCGCCUCGGAGUUGGCUUAAUCCUGACCCAAACCCUAAAGUCUAUUGAGGGUUAAGAGACCAGAGAGCGUGCAGAACUGAAGGGAAAACAUGUAACCGAACUGAGCGCUGCCAAUUUCCACGUUCUAUGAUAGAGAUUAGAAAUGAGACUCUGCUUACUGGCGGGCCUUAACAAGUCUGCCUUAUGUAUACAGAGGAAGACUGCAAUCUGCAGCUCUCGCGUGAAACUUACUGUACCAACUAACGAACGGUCGCUAUUAAACGAACCUAUCGCUG